AUGAGCUCAACCAUCGACGGCGUGCCCAUUACCGAGGCAAAGACUGGUGACGCCGACUCUGCGGCCCCGCAGAAGCAGCAGGGAAAGGAAGAACUGGAAGCUGUGGAAGAAGAGGAUGUGGUGAAGGUUGAAUCUCUGCCCGACUUGCCAAAGACACCCACAACUCGCUUCUGGGCCAGGUGGUUCAAGAAGGGCAGCUUCACACCCAACUUCGGCAAGCAGCGCACAGAGGAUACAGAGAUGUGUGAGAAGGAGACGCAGGAUGACAAUCAGGGCAAGAAAGAGGAGAAUCACGCAGGUGAUGAGAACCACAAAGACAGCAAAGACUCCCCGGCGAAUGGCGAUGGCAUUGGCGAACAAGGCAAGAAUGAAGGCGAGGGGCAGAACGUGAAAUCAUCCUCCAGUUCAACAGACAUCACCAUCCCUAUUGGUGAUGCCGACACGGCCACGAAGGCAGACGAGAAGCAGGGCGACGAGAGCGUGCCGGAAAAACUGCCUCUGCGUGAGCGAUUUGCCGUGUAUCGACGUAAGCGCUACCUCCUUGUAGGUGCAGCCAUUGGAGUCUUAUUCCUCGUUACUGUAAUCCUGGUGGUGACGGCCCUCUCUGGCGGAGGCUUUGGCUACGACGACGACGACUGGAGCAUUCCCGUGGCAGCCACGGACUGCGGUCUAGUCGAGGGUCACAUAGAAGAGGGUGCUUUCGUCUUCCGCGGCAUUCCGUACUCUCUUCCUCCUUUCGGCGAGCACCGCUGGAAACCUCCGGGGCCCUUCCAAAGCAUCAGCGAGUGCUGGACUGGAACGAAGCAGGUGCACAAGUUUGCUCCUAGAUGCCCCCAAAAGAAGGCACCCGGUGUGCGUUUCAACACAAGCGAGGACUGCCUUUACCUGAACGUUUACACACCAUCCAUGUCCAAGCGGGGCCUUCGGCCAGUGGUGGUGCUUCCUGGCGGAUCGCUCAUGGGGAUGGGAGAAGAGGACAUCUUUCUGGAGCCGAGUCCAGGGCUUGCACGCACCCACGACGCCGUGGUGGUGACAUUUGAGUACCGGCGCAAUGCGUGCUUCUUGUCCUUGGACCUGCUCUCGAAGGGGGUGAGGCCGCCGACAUCUGGGAACUAUGGAUUCCUGGACCAAGUGGCAGUGCUGAAGUGGGUGCAGCGCAACAUCCGGCAGUUUAAUGGGGACCCCAACAAGGUGGUUGUGUUUGGCCAUGGUGCGGGAGCCACAUCAGCCCUGCUUCUCGCAACGUCGACAGAAACCAAGGGCCUCCUCAGUAGGGUCUGGGCCACAGGUGCAUCUGUCAACUUCCCCAACCAGACAGUUGAGGAGGCUGCACGCAACAACCUCGAGUUUCUGGCGAACAUCAACUGUACCAGCCUCACCUGCCUUCACCAGAAGACAGCCGACGAAGUAAUAGCAGCUGUGCCCAUGUCGUGGUACGAUGACGUGUCUGCACAGUUGCCACGCAAGCAAGAAAUGACAGCACCAAGUCUGGUUGUCGUUGAUGGAGUCUUCAUCAAAGAUUUUGUCUAUGAGCUGUGGGCAUCUGAGAACUUCACCCGAGUUCCUGUUGUAAUUGGUUCCAACCUGCAGGAGUUUGCCUCUCGAAGGGUGCUCCCUGAGGCAGACCAAGUGGACAGCGCAGAGCUCAGCUCUUACGUCAGGGACCGGCUGGGGACCAUUGACCCCAAGUUGGCUGACAAGGUGCUGCAGAUGUAUGUGCACAACGACACAAUGCCAGCAGAGCAGCUGCACACAAUGAUCUCCGAUGUCCGUGUGACCUGUCCACUGGAGCUGUUGACCGGCGACUUCAUCAAUGCCACCGAAGGGGCAAGAGCCGCACACUUCUACAUUGUCGACUACUCGCCAAACAUUUCACUCUCCUUCUCCACAAAUGCCGAGCCAACCAGGCUCGCGCAGCAUGGGCUGGACGUAGCAGCCAUCUUUGGCAAAAUGUCAUCUGCAGCGGGCUCAUCAGAGAUGCACCGCAAUGACCUGCAGUUUGAGCACAACCUGCAGAAGCUGUUCCAUAGCUUUGUGCACGCUGGCACGCCAUCACUCGGCUCCCAACCCCUCAAGGAGAGCCCGUUUGUGAACUACAUCAGCGCCAAUGUGCGCAGUCGGGCAUCCCAGCAUGAGCCAUGUGCCAGUUGGGAAGAGUACAGUGUGUUCCCUGAAUAUGCCAAGAAGAACUGAUUUUGCAUCUUGUGUUCUGUCAUCAUAACUACUUUCCCCAUCGUUUGUUGUGACCCUCGACGAAAACAUUAGAAAAGCUGGUCUCUUCACCGGCGUUAUGCAGUAAUGCUGGUAUAUCCAGUUGGUGAAGAGUCUAAGGAAAAAGGAAAGCUUGCGAUUAUCAGAAGGCAAGCCAGUUCCUGUAAGUUGAUAUAAUGAUUUCCAGCUGCUAAUGGCUGCUAAGUAAUUGCUUAGGCAGCUUGUUAUGCUAUCUGGAGGAAGUGUCAUUGUACCAUGACGGCAAUUUAGGACACUGAUGAUUGCAUAAAAUUAGUGUCUAUCAUUGGCUAUUGUGCACCAGUCAUCAUCUAACAGAUAUAUUACAGAAAUUCAUAUAUCCAUCGGGUUCUGUAAGGUUGCCACACCGAAAAUUACUGCAAAUGUCCCCAGGACAUUCACACAUGCAUAGCUUCACACCUUCGUGUUCGUGGCUAAGAAGAGGAAGCUGAGGGCCUCAAAAUGUGCUGCUACUGGCCAGCCGUUAGUCAAACACAAAGACCAGGAGAGAUGCCUAAUUUCAAGGUCACCGCGUAAUGGGUGCAGCAGUGUUGGUCAAGUGGGGCACUGUGCUCGAUUCCCCAUUGCAACCCAGGGCUCAGUGUUCUGAAUACUCAUAUUUUCAUAAGAUGGCCUCAUCUUCCAGUCCCCUGCCCCAGAAAUGGUGAACUGUGCUCGUUUAUGAGUUGCAGAAGUAAGUAUCUGUAGCUAUUGUUUCAUAAUGGUAUGGUGGCACUCUUGAAUAGAUGACAAGGUUAUUUUGAACAGUAACAAGAUCAGACUGGCUUUCACGCUAACUAGGGCAGGUGUUCUAUAAGCAUCAUCUCUACUAUGGCAAAGCACCAAACCAGUGCUAGGCUUGUACCUGUAGGAAAUCAUAGGAUGCUGUUGUGAGGGCAAAGUAUAUGGUGCCACCACACCACGUGUCCAUCUUCAACUAAACUGGUGAGUUUGGGUGAAAGGGUUUCGAAUCGGCCACCCUUCACAGCCCCUCAGCUUCAUCUAUACAUUAUCAGCAAUAUAAAUUGUCAGGUCUCUGCAUAUUCUUUGUUACUGUGCCUGUUCAUUUCUUUGUGCUACGCAAGUACUCAGUGUUUUGUGUAUCCUUUCGUUAAUGAAAGUAUCUUAUUUCGAGUGAGGACUGCAAGCAUUGCAGGGAGUUAGCAAGCAUCCAGCAGUUUUAUACUGAAUGGAUGCCUGCGAGGUGUCAGUCAUAGAUGCCGUGCGUCCUGGAGCGCGCGACAUCGCAAGCCAGCCACACUGCCAAAGGUUCGCGCAUAGAAGCAAAUAGCCACUGUGCAUGUCCAUUUGAUUCUUCAAACUUGUAGCCACAUGUUUUGUGCAGUAUUCUUAUUUUGUCUUGUUUGCUUGGUACUUUGUCACCACGUUACUCUUUUGUUCUGCUUGUGCCAACUUGUCACACAAGCCGAGUGGCAAAAUUUUUUUAAACGGAACGGAUCUCACAAGUUGUCGCCACAGGGUGGACUAGACGUGCAGCUGUAGCAACCACUCACUGCCCCUCAUCAAUCAUUGCUCAUCAGAGAGAGUGGGACAUGUAUAAAGCUUUUUAUUUGUUUUGUUCCUUGCUUCGACACUUGUGUCAUCUCUCAUGUUUAUCUUGAUUUUUCUAAGUGUGUUAUGUGUAUGUAUGCCCAGCAUCUCAUGUUUCUGUAUAAGCGAAAUAAAAACCAAAAAUAAAGUCUGUACCACAGAUUUUCUCAA